UUUCCCAGGCUGACGUUCUGUCUUAGCUCCAGAUGCAUGUUGAUAAGUAAGGUCUGGGUUCUCGAUAUUACCCAAACUGUCAACAUGCUACGGAUUACUGCUCCUCUUUCCUGGCCAUUUCGUGCAAGAUUACCGACGUUCCUGAAGCUGUUGCUCCUGACUGUGUUUGUGUCUGUGGCUUUAUACGUCGCCUUUGUUCCCAGCCUGUACUUGUCAUAUCGAAAACCACUCUGGCACCACCAAUACAGGGGCGUAUACCCUCACCUUCGCAACGCCAUGGACAGCGCCCAUGUCGUCUUCAUUCCACAUUCGUACGCCCCAUGGAGCCAGUACAUUGUGUACAGGUGUGAUGGUACAUCUGCUUGUGGGGGAUGGGCAGACAGACAAAAGGGCAUCGUUGCUGCUUAUCUCAUAUCAGUGAUGACAGAACGCAAGUUUAAGGUCAUACUUACAGUUCCGUGCGAUAUACGCACGUACCUGCUUCCGGUUAAAGAAGACUGGAGAGUCCAUGGUAACGAGCUUCAAGGAAUACCUUCGACCAAUGUCGUCAAAAUGGACUCCGUAGCUGCCAGUUUUUGUGAUCGCCUCGGAAAGGAAAAGUUAGAGGAUAUUUUUAAAUCUAAUGUUACCUAUUUUAACGUCAAUAUGGAAUGUGUACAGUUUCUAUUAAGGAAUCCACUGUAUCCUCGUCAGCUUGGGUGGGCCAAAGGAAUGUCAGUUGGCGAGGUAUACCAAGUGGUUUGGAACAGUUUAUUUAAAUUGAAUCAGAAGACAGGCAAUCAUUUACGAACAUUCAGGUCACAAAUGUCAAGAUCGAAGACUCUGGUCUGUUCACAGAUCCGAGUUGGAAAAAGCCCCACAAUUCCACAAGACAGAGUAAUUAAUACGUUGGAACAUGUUGAAGCUGUUUGGAGCUUCCUAAAGAAAUAUAACGACAGCAAUAGAUAUCAUAUUUUCUUGACAACUGAUUCUGAACAAAUCAGAGACAUAGGGAGAUCAAAAUUCCCAGAUGUGAACCUUGACCUGAAGGGUCACAUAGUUCAUGUUGAUAGAACAACCGGAAAUCACGUGUGCGAUGGCCUUGAGAAGACCUUGCUUGACCAGAUCAUACUGUCCACUUGUGAUGUCCUUAUCAUAAGCGAGAGUGGGUUCGGGAGGAUUGCUGCGUUCAUGAGAAGAACCCAAGACAACCUCUACUGUUUAAACGUCGCUAACAUCACUAGAUGUACUGAGAAGUCUCCUGAGUUCAUCAGGGGACCUUGGUAAAGGUCAAGGCCACUGAUGGCUGCUGACAAACAACCUUGCACAAACGCCUUAUAAGAAGUUGACAUAGGUUCCCAUCACUCUGUUCCUCGAUGUGUUGAGGCUUAGGUGUGUUUGUUUACGUGAAAAGUGUUGACAAACAAUCUUUCACACAGUCUGUCUUUGUGAUAACAUUGGCGGUCCCUGUUUGUUUCACGUAUUUAGACCAAAGUCACAGUUCUCAUGAAUGCUUGAUCCAGUGACAUUAAUAGACAAAUAGAUACGGUAAGAUGGUCAUAAGAUAAUCAUAUCAGUAUUUGACUCUCAUACGAAAUGUUGUUUAACUUCUGCUGUCGAAACACGCUGCGGUCGUAAGUGUAAAAGCACGACCUAUAUCGGCCAUCCAGAAAUUGAUAAUCUUGCUGACAUCGAUAAAACAGUCCUCAUAUUUUCUCAACGUUUCUUGGGCGAUGAGUUAGCGUUGUAACACCGAAAGUCAGGGUUCGAUUCCCCACAUGGUUACAUGGUCCAAUUCUGGUCACCUCGUCAGUGAUAUUGCUAUAAGUGGCUUAAUACACAUUCACACACUCACUCACUCACUCACAUCCAUAGUUGUCCUGCGUGGUGUAAAACAUUUGUCAAUGUUGUGGUCUCCCUGUUGAAAAGCAGUCGGUGUUGUCCUUCAUGUUGGAAGAUGUUUGUGUCCACCAUCAAUUCCUUCAAGCAAGAAGACACUGAAACGCCGGCAACCUGAUAUAUCUUGUGUCGGCUGUCAUCCUCUAACACACCGCGAAUGUUUAAGUGACAGAAAUCUGCAACUUGUGAACAAUGGACACCUUAUGCCCAGACUUCAGUGAGAUAUUUCUUCCUGAAAGUAGUCGAGUAGACACAUCACAGACAUAACCAUCAUCAUGACAUGUUGAAUAUUAAAUAGAGUAUUACAAAUGAAGCGGUGUAUGCCAUUAAAACAGAU